AUGUCGAACAAUUCGAUUAGGAGUCGAGCUUCGAACAACUGCAAACACGGAAGGCGACACCACCAGGUUAGAAUGGAUUUUACAAAAUUUGAUGGUGAAGAGCCGAGGGUAUGGCUCAAUCGGGCGAAGCAAUUUUUCUUGGCUAAUGACUUACAUGGCCAUCGUAAAGUAGUGCUGGCUUCGUAUCAUCUAGAAGGCGAUGCCAAUCAAUGGUGGUUGUGGUUCGAAAGGGCGAAUCAAGGUCGUAAAAUAUCUUGGAGGCAAUUCGAGAAAGGGAUACUAUUGCGUUUUGGCCACGGCAAUUACGAGGACCCCAACGAGUCCAUGUGUCGUUUAAGACAGAAGGGAGGAUUCAAAGAAUUCUUAGGAGAGUUCGAAAAGCUCAUGAAUUGUCUACCAGAUUGGCCCGAAGAGGCACUUAUGGGAGCAUUCAUGGCAGGUCUCCGUGAAGAUAUUGCGAGGGACGUUCGUCUGUUCAAACCUAAGGAUCUACAGACCGCUAUGGAGUUAGCAAAACGCAAGGACGAGCAGUUGCAAUUCGGGAAAAGAAGUGCAGGCCAAACAAGGACCGUGAAUUCCAUAAACCUCAAAUUCGUGAACCCGAACCCGGCAACGACCGCUCGUCAAUUGGUUGCUGAUGGAGCAAAGCGUCUGACCUGGGAAGAAUUGCAACGUCGUAGGGAACAAAACCUAUGUUAUCAUUGUGAUAAGAAGUUUGUAAGAGGGCACCAGUGUAAAAAAGCACAAGCUUUAAUAAUCGAAGCGGAAGAUCAGGGCGACGAGGAAGGAGUUGACUUUGACGAACAACAACAAAUUUCAUUGCAUGCUAUUGGAGGAGAGUCAGGAAAGAAAGCCAUGAGAGUAAGUGGAAAGCUUGAGAAUUCGCCGGUCGAAAUGUUGGCGGAUAACGGGUCCAGUCUCAACAUCCUCAACUCGGAAUUAGCUCAACGACUACGAUUGAAGGUUAAACCGAUUAAGCCUUUUCUGGUGCGGAUGGCGAAUGGUAAAAAAUUGGAGUGUUCGGCAAGGUAUGAAAUCGUCCCAAUGCAUGUAAAUGGAUAUGAUUUUCGUGCCAAUUUAUAUCCUCUGCCGAUCGACGGACUAGAUGUAGUCAGUGGCGGAUCCAGGAUUUUUGCCAAGGGGGGACGGGAAGAGAAGGACAUCGAAAUUAGCGAGCUCCAUGCGCUGAUCGGGGACUGGAAAGCAGGAGGCGAGCUAUUCGGAGUAGCGGCAUCGUUCGAUAGGGAAGAAACAAGCGAAGUAGUUGGUACCGACAAUGUGGAAAUAAAAAACUUAUUGACUGAAUUUCUUGAUAUCCAGACAGAGCCCGAAACCUUACCACCACAACGAGAGUUUGACCACCGUAUACGUUUACACGAUGAAGCAACCGUUGUCAAUGUGCGACCCUAUCGAUACACACACUUCAAGAAAAACGAGAUCGAAAAACAAGUAGCCGCAUUGCUUAAGUCGGGACUGAUGCAGCCAAGUACAAGUCCUUUUUCAUCACCGGUUCUUCUCGUAAAGAAGAAGGAUGGUUCGUGGCGUUUCUGCACAGACUAUAGGGGAUUGAAUGACGUAACUAUUAAAGAUCGAUUUCCUAUACCAACUGUGGACGACAUGCUUGAUGAGCUACACGGGGCUCAGUAUUACAGCAAGCUCGAUCUACGUGCGGGCUAUCAUCAAAUCCGGGUACAUCCUGAUGACAUUCACAAAACUGCCUUUCGAGUUCAUAAUGACCACUACGAGUAUCUAGUAAUGUCGUUCGGAUUGUGUAAUGCACCAUCGACUUUCCAAGCUGCUAUGAAUGAGAUCUUUCGGCCACACUUGCGGAAAUUCAUAUUGGUGUUUUUUGAUGAUAUAUUAGUUUAUAGUAAAUCGUGGGAAGAUCACCUACAACAGUUGAGAACCACCUUGCAAAUAUUGAGGGAUGCACAUUUUUUUCUAAAACCCAGUUAA